GUGGUUCGUGGAUUCAGGAGAUCUCACGCAGUCCUCGUCGGUGCAUGCUGCAGGACGGACCACCGCGGUGGUGGCAUAAUGAGAGUGCCGCACCGGUCUGGACGACCUGCUUCCGGGGCAGUGCUCGCCGGUGCACGGUCUCGGGUCUCCAGUCUGGGAGCAGGUCUUCCCCCUGCAGAUGUCAGCGUGCACUGACGCGAGCAGGAGCAACAACACCGCUGAUGACAACAUCUUGCAUCACUUGCAACAACGCCUGCAACACAACAAUACAGAAAAAAAAAUUUGUUUUCCUCGGUGAAGAAGUGCAGAGAAUCUCGCAUCACUGCCGCCUGCGUGCACGACAGACCCACACUGAGGAGUCUGGCUCCCACUCCACCAUGUCAGGAUGUGAUGAUGGCAUUCCAGGAACUUCAUUAGCAUCAGUGAAGUCUGCAUGUUGAGACAGCUGCUGGUCCUCAACCUUGGAGACGGUGGUGUUGUGCUGGUCUUGUCAACACGAGCGAGUCCUCUUGUGUGGACACAGCCAACAACUCGUCCAACUGUGGCACAAGGCUGGAAUGCAAAGCUUGCACCCGCUCUACUUUGUCUGCGUUUGUGGAACCAUGUUUGGGGGAGAUGGAUGACAUUGACGCCAUGUUCAGCGACCUGCUGGGGGAGAUGGACCUCCUGACUCAGAGUCUUGAACAAGAAGUAGCGCCGCCUGCCCCCCUCCCCAACGCUAACCAGGAGGUCAACCUCUCCAUCGGCUUCACGGACCUUAAUGAGUCCCUCAAUGAGCUGGAGGACAACGACUUGGAUGCCCUGAUGGCCGACCUGGUGGCCGACCUCAGUGCCACCGAGGAGAAACUGGCAGCAGAAAUCCAGGGUCUGAAGGCGCCGUCGCCGCCCCCGCCGGAGCCCGCGCCUCGGGAGCCGAGCGCCCGCCCGCCGUCCUCCGUCAGUUCCAGGAGCAGCAACGUCAGCACGCCAACCUCCUCCACCAGCUCACCUUUACCGCCUCCGCAGUCUGCUAAACCUUCUAUGGAGGAAAUCGAGGCCCAGAUAAAGGCAGAUAAAAUCAAGCUCGCUCUUGAGAAGCUCAAAGAAGCUAAAGUGAAAAAGCUGGUAGUGAAGGUGCGCAUGAAUGACGGCAGCUCCAAGACGCUGAUGGUGGACGAGAGGCAGAGCGUCCGCGAGGUUCUGGACAACCUCUUUGAGAAGACACACUGUGACUGUAACGUGGACUGGAGCCUGUGUGAGACCAACCCCGAGCUGCAACUUGAACGCACAUUUGAGGACCAUGAAAACCUGGUGGAGCCUCUCUUGGCGUGGACGAGGGACAGCGAGAACCAAAUCCUCUUUCAAGAGCGGGAAGAGAAGUACGAGGUCUUCAAAAACCCCCAGACGUUCUACUUGUGGAAGAAGGACAAAAGGACGGUGAAAGACAUGAAAGACAAAGACAAGGCGAUCUUGGUCCAGGAGAACUUCUGCGGAACGUCCAUCAUCGUGCCGGACCUGGAGGGGGUGCUUCACCUCAAGGAGGACGGCAAGAAGUCGUGGAAGCAGCGCCUCUUCCAGCUGAGAGCCUCUGGCAUUUAUUACGUACCUAAAGGCAAGACAAAGUCAUCACGUGACCUGGUCUGCUUUGUGCAGUUUGACAACGUCAACGUCUACUACGGCAAAGACUUCAAGGCCAAAUAUAAAGCACCCACAGACUUCUGCUUUGUACUCAAACAUCCUCAGAUCCAGAAGGACUCUCAGUACAUCAAGUACCUGUGUUGUGACGACGCUUGGACCAUGAACCUCUGGGUGGCUGGAAUACGCAUCGCAAAGUACGGUGCCUCUUUGUAUGACAACUACAAAGCUGCAGAGAGGAAGGUGGCAAUGGGUUCUGUGUGGGCCAACUGCAGCGUUCCAUCAAGCUCCAGUCCAUCCGCACCAAGUGCAUCACCCAGCCAGGUGGCCAACGGCCAUGCUGUCAAACAUCAAUCCAUUUCUAAGGACAACACUCUACCUACGCCGGCACCACCUCCUCCUCCUGCAAAUGUAGGCUUCCCUUCACCACCACCACCGCCGCCGCCGCCGCCGCCUCCUCCUCCCAUGACUUCCUCCAAGCCCAUCCCCCAGCCGCGACAUCUGCCCACCAACUUCCCUCCUCCUCCGCCCAUCACCAACAACUCAGAAGAUCCACCAGAUUUCCUCCCCCCACCUCCUCCAGCUCCUGGCUUUGGCCCACUGCCAUCGCCUCCUCUGCCAAUUAAUACUCUGCCACCUCCCCCCCCUCCUAUCAGCACUCUCCCACCUCCUCCCCCACCCAUCAACUCACUGCCACUUCCUCCGCCACCAGAUGCUGGCUUUUUACCACCACCGCCCCCUCCACUCACAGGAGCACUGCCGCCACCUCCACCACCCCCUCCAACAACAUCCACCGCUCCGCCGAGAGCACCACUGAGGCCUUCUGGGUCAGUGAAGAAGGUACCUCCUCCUCCACCAAAGAGGACUACACCUUCACUGCAUGGAGGAGGAGGAGACUUUAUGUCAGAACUGAUGCUUGCCAUGCAGAAAAAGAAGCAUCAUUAGCUUGAUGACCUGAUGAUGUUUACAAUCUGUGCCCUGCACAAAGCUAAAACAACAUGCAUUUGUAAAUAAUAUUCACGAAUUAAAAAAUGUGAAUAAAUUCCAUAUCGACCUUCACUUCAUUAAAGUAAAUAUUUAGGGGAAAUAUCCCAGUAUUGAACAAUGUAAUUAAAGAACAUCUACCAUGUAACUCCUAUGACAAUCAGGCUGAAAAUAGGACAUCAAAAGUUGAAGUAUAUUGUGUAUUUCUCUUACUUUAGUAUCUUGGAGCUGGGGGGGGGGGGGAUCUCUCAAGAAGAGCAGCUGACCUUUAACCCCUGGGCCCACCUUGGAGGCCUUGCUGCAUAGCCCGCCUCCUCUGCUGAGGUUUGAGUGAUGAAAGGAGAUGAGAGGAUACGGUGCAGCAGCACCACCUAGCGGGUAAAAUGAAUAAAGCUAGAGCAUUAAAAGCUUAUGUCCAUUGAAAUACUGUAGUUGGAUGUGACUCCUUGCUCUGAGCAGUAUUUGAACUCCUGUUUCCUUUCGCCACGACCUCGUGGUGCUAUCAGCAGAGAUACCCAGGCAGACACACACAAACAUAACUAACCACGUACGGCUUGAAGGUUCAUUGUGUAAUGCGACAAAACCAAUCAUCACAACCACUGAAAAAGAAAUGUUAAAAUUCCAUGGCAAAAUAAACAUUGAAGUCAUAAAGGAGUUCAGUCAAAAUGCUGUUCUUGUGUUUGAGCUUUUUCACAUUCUGUGCCAGUUUAAAAAUAUGCAUGAAGAAUUCAGCGUGCACGGACCACCCUGACAUGGUCACAUUUAGGCCCUUCAAUACUUGAUGUCAUUUACAUUCUUGUCAAUGCAAAUACUCAGUCAAUAUGUACAUACUAUGUACUGUACAUACUGUAUGUAAUGUGUGUACUACACUCUUCACGCUAAAUGUUUGGAGUUGGCCGAACCCUCGUCGAUGGAAGCUA